GUGUAUCGACGGCUCGAACAAAACGUUGACCUUUUCAAACAAUAUGGAAAAAUGAUUCAAGAAGAGCUGAAAAAGGCAGGACAAGAUAUCUCACAAGAUGAUGCGGAAGCAAGGAUGAUAGGACGUCAUAAGAACGGCGUUCCUCUUAUAGAAAACCUUUCAGGUGUGAAACCAGAGUUCAGGAAGGCGGCAGUGAAUUUUAACUAUGCAGACGAUAAAGACGGUAAACAAUGUCCAUGGGCUGCCCACAUCAGAAAAGUAAACCCACGAGGGAGUUCGACGACUGGUCCGAACGAUGUCCGUUCGAAGAUUGUUCGUCGCGCCAUGCUGUACGGCGAAGAGCCAGAACCGAGAGGACUUCUCUUUCUGUGCUACCAAGCGCGCAAAUCAAUAUCGGCUUUCUAGCACAGCAGAAUCGCGGAGCAAACCGUGAAGUAUUCGGAGAAAAGCCACCACCUAAAGUGGGUCUGGAUAUGGUAAUUGGACAGUAUCCGGAGGAGAACCCGCCAACAGUGAAACAGAUAAUGUACGGUGCUAGGGAGAAACCUCCAGUCAAGCUGCUCAUCAAAGACUGCGUGACGAUGAGAGGAGGAGAGUACUUCUUUGCACCGGCAGUUUCAGCGCUCCGAGAAAUGAUCUGACUGUAUGACAGAAACUGACUGACUGAAUGUGUUGCGCCACGCCGCGCUAGUAUGAUAUUAAGUCGCGCAUGCGUGCAAACUAGUUAUCAACUAACAGAAAUUUACGCUUCCAUCUACA